AACAACGAGAAAACCAACAACGGCAUCCACUAUAAACUCCAGUUGUUGUACAGUAACGGAGUCAGAACGGAGCAGGAUCUGUAUGUUCGCCUCAUCGAUUCAAUGACGAAACAGGCCAUCGUCUAUGAGGGCCAGGACAAGAACCCGGAGAUGUGCCGCGUGUUGCUGACCCAUGAGAUCAUGUGCAGUGAAUGCUGUCGAAUUACCGCGUGUGGAAGAUGCCGGAACAAAACCCCAACCAAGCCAGUAAUUGUGGAUAGAUUCUUUCUAAAGUUUUUCCUCAAGUGUAAUCAGAACUGUUUGAAGAAUGCAGGCAACCCUCGGGAUAUGCGGAGGUUCCAGGUGGUUGUAUCCACAACGGUCAACGUGGACGGCCACGUGCUGGCUGUGUCUGACAACAUGUUUGUACACAACAACUCCAAACACGGACGACGGGCCCGCCGCCUGGACCCGUCCGAAGGUACGGCCCCUUCUUAUCUGGAAAAUGCAGCUACUCCGUGCAUCAAAGCCAUCAGCCCCAGCGAAGGCUGGACAACCGGGGGAGCUACCGUGAUCAUAAUCGGAGACAACUUCUUCGACGGACUACAAGUUGUAUUUGGAACUAUGCUGGUGUGGAGUGAGCUGAUCACGCCCCAUGCUAUCCGCGUCCAGACCCCACCGCGGCACAUUCCUGGAGUCGUUGAGGUCACCCUGUCCUACAAAUCCAAGCAGUUCUGCAAAGGUGCUCCUGGGAGGUUCGUCUACACUGCCCUUAACGAACCCACCAUAGACUACGGCUUUCAGAGAUUGCAGAAAGUGAUCCCAAGGCAUCCCGGUGAUCCCGAAAGGUUACCCAAGGAAGUAUUACUUAAGAGGGCGGCAGACCUUGUGGAAGCCUUAUACGGGAUGCCCCAUAACAACCAGGAGAUCAUCUUGAAGCGAGCGGCGGACAUCGCGGAAGCCUUGUACAGCGUCCCCCGCAACCACAACCAGAUCCCCACCCUGGGCAACACCCCCGCCCACACCGGCAUGAUGGGUGUAAACUCCUUCAGCAGCCAGCUAGCCGUCAACGUCUCCGAGACAUCGCAAGCCAACGACCAAGUCGGCUACAGUCGCAAUACAAGCAGCGUGUCCCCGCGAGGCUACGUCCCCAGCAGUACUCCCCAGCAGUCCAAUUACAACACAGUCAGCACUAGCAUGAAUGGAUAUGGAAGUGGCGGCAUGGCCAAUCUAGGGGUCCCUGGCUCGCCUGGAUUUCUUAAUGGCUCCUCCGCUAACUCUCCCUACGGCAUAGUGCCGUCCAGCCCUACCAUGGCAGCCUCUUCGGUCGCCCUCCCUCCAAACUGUAGCGGUGCGCACGGCAUUUUCUCAUUUUCACCUGCCAAUGUCAUCUCCGCAGUGAAACAAAAGAGCGCCUUCGCGCCCGUGGUCCGGCCCCAAGCCUCUCCUCCUCCCUCCUGCACCAGCACCAACGGAAACGGGCUCCAAGCUAUGUCUGGGCUGGUAGUCCCUCCAAUGUAA